UUUACUUUUGGUUUGUCCCAUAACAGUGCGGGGCUGGAAGAUGAGCUAGUCGCAGCCCGUCGGUUGAUCCGAUCGUAUCUCGAACGGUUUGUGAUUAUCAAAAUGGAAACAAAACGAUUGGCACACGUUGUUGCCAUUCUGAUUGCGUUUCUGGUUGUAAGCUUGAUACAAUCGCAGAGCGACACUACUUUCGGUGUGUUCCGCGAGAAGUCGUACUACUUUGGGAAUUCUUUUAAGCUCAAUUGGUUCAAAGCGGUAGAAUACUGCCGGUCACGUGGGAUGUUCCUUGUGUCCGUGCAAAACGAUGAGCAGCUGCAGGGCGUUGUGGAAUACAUUGAAAAGAGUGGCUUCACGAAAACGCACGGUAUUUUGCACAUGUGGACCUCCGCGAACGAUCUUGGUGAGGAGGGACAAUUUUUCUGGGCAUCGACCGGCGAUCGGAUGCGAUACGAUCGGUGGACCAAAAACGAACCGAAUAACCAGAUGCACGACAAUUGUACCUUCGAGAACUGUGUGGUGCUGGAGUUUUUCCAACCGUGGUCCAUCAAUUACACUUUCGACGAUAGGGCGUGUAAUGCGAACAAUUUUUUUAUGUGUGAAACGCUAGCAGAUUAGCCAGGACGGCAGAUAAACGAAUCUGCGAACAUGGUAUUCGUUUAAUUUAUUAUGUUCACGUAUUCAUUGACUGGUUAUGGAAGGUAUAACGACCAUCCGAAACGUUUGUGAGUAGCACCUCGCUGUGCCGGUUCGUUGUAGCGGACAGUUGUACGAAUUAC